AUGGUGCCACGCACACGUAAUUGGGAAUGGCAGGUGUGUUCGAAUCAUGACAUCUCCACAUGCGAAAUGCCAAGCGGCAGAGCAAUAGCAAGGUUCUACUUCGGGUCCUUGAGCAUCGUGGUUCUGGGGGCCUUCCUUCUGACUCCUGGGGGCCGGAAGAGCUUCAGAAAGGCCGACAUCUCAGGGCUCGAGGUUGAAAACGGUGGCUUGGUAGGGCUUGGAGCGUCCUCAAGUGGAAUUCCGUUGCGCACGCACUGCUGCUUGACGAGGCAACAGCUCGGCCGCUGGCUGCGGCAGGUGCAGGGUUUAGGGUUUAGGGUUUACGGUUUAGGGUUCUGGGUUUUGGGUUUUGGGUUUUGGGUUUAG